AUGAAAAAUCAAUUAUGUUCAUAUGAAGAACUUCAAAGUGAAGCUCGAAUAAUACUUGAUGAUAUUAUUCGUAAAUAUUCAAUUCGAUAUGAACAUCAAAAUGGUUUAACUGAUUAUCAUCCAAUGAUGGGAAUUUUGAUAAUGCCGUUAGGUGCUACAGAUUUUGGCAAAGAUUUUAUGUUCGUCAGUAAUCUUCCCAAUAAAAAUGCUUCUGUCUAUUGGAAUUGGUGGUCUUCAUAA